CUGAAACCAAUUCUAGAAAAUACUGAAACACUGAUAUGGAGACGGAAUACAAGGAGAAGGAGAAGGAGGUGAAUGUGUCGAAUAGAAAUUCAAGCUUCAAUUACAAGGAAUUAGUGUUCAGGCUCUUAGCACUCUCACUCACUCUCGUCGCCGCCGUUGUUCUUGGAGUCGAUAAACAGACCACCACCGUCUCUCUCACCCUUGUCCCGUCGCUGCCGCCUGUCGACCUUCCUGUCACCGCCAAGUGGACUGACCUCUCUGCAUUUGUGUACUUAGUGAUUGUGAAUGCAAUUGCGUGCGCUUAUGCAGCAAUAUCGUUGGUGAUUCUAUUGGUAACCAGAGGUAGAAAUAAGCUUGUGUCAUUGAUUUUACUGAUGUUAGACCUAAUGAUGGUGGUGCUGCUCUUCUCCGCCAUUGGUGCCACCGGGUCUGUUGGUCUUAUCGGGUACCAAGGGAACUCGCAUGUGCAGUGGGAGAAGGUGUGUAAUGUGUUUGAUAAAUUUUGUCACCAGGUUGCCAUAGCUGUUUUUCUGUCGUUCGCCGGAAGCAUAACUUAUCUUUUGCUUAUUCUGCUUGCUGCUGUAACUCUUCACAACAAAUGAACAAAUCCUCAGAGAAGCCAUGAUUAAACCUUUAUGAAAAUUGAUGUAACAUUUAUUUAUAUUAUCGUUGUUCUUCUUCUUCAAACAUUUAUUUAUAUUAUCGUUGUUCUUCUUCUUCUUCAUGAAUUUACAUAA